UAUUUUUUACUUUCCAUAUUUAUGCCCUAAUGGCUCUGUAGAUUCUUUUCAAGAUCUGAAGCAAAUUUAAUGAUCAACACCAAUUUAUCUGGUCUGGGUCUGCUUCAUUUUUCAUACUGGUUCCAGUUUUAAUUUCUUGGGUGGAAAUUGGGCUAAAGUUUUGAACUUUGAGAUGGCAAGCAUAGAGGAAGCGCUAAAAGCUAAAGCGAAUGCUGAAACGAAAUACGCAGAGAGAGAUUUUCUGGGUGCCAAAAAGUAUGCUUUAAAGGCUCAGAUGUUGUGCCCUCAUCUAGCGGGCAUAUCACAAAUGGUGGCCGCAUUUGGGGUUCAUAGUGCUGCAGCGACGAAGGUUAAUGGAGAAUUUGAUUUUUACGCGAUGCUGGGUUCAGAUCCAUCUUCAAACAGGGCUAUGUUGAAGAAACAAUAUAAAAAGCUGGCCGUGUUUCUCCAUCCUGAUAAAAAUAAAAGAUUUGGAGCUGAUGUCGCAUUUAGGCUUGUUUCUGAAGCAUGGAAAGUAUUGUCGAAUGGUGCUAAAAGAAGCUCGUACGAUCACAGGAGAAGUUUAUUUACAGUACAUGCUUCUGGUGUUGGCAACGUUGGCAAUUGCGCCAAUUCUUCAGCUUCUCAUAGCAGGCUCGACACGUUUUGGACUGUUUGUACCUCUUGUCAUGUUCAGUACGAAUAUCAUAGGAAGUAUGUGAACAAAAGGCUGUCCUGUAAAAACUGCUAUGGUGUUUUUAUUGCUGUUGAAACAGGUCUGGACGCGGUAAGUGGUGCCUAUCCAAAUAGCUAUAGGCAUUGUGCACCGGAGAACGGAUAUGGAAGCCAUGGUCGUGACGUUGCAUAUGUUCCCACAACGCCUAUUUAUUCUGUGAAUAAUGCUGUUUCAGGACAUCAUUCUGUGUGCAAUGAGCAACCGUUACGCAGACGUGGUAGGCCUUCUAAGAAAAGAAAGCUUCUUGUGGAGAGUACAUAUGUUUAUAAUGGUGAAGCGGCUCUAGAAACGGCUACAGAAAUGAAAAUGGCAGAUGCAAAUGGGAAUGGGAAUAUGAACCAAGAUACCAAGCUUCGUACUCCUACUGAAACUUCACUCAGAAGAUGUUUAACAGCUCCUGCAUUUGAUGUAAGACAAUUAUUAAUUGACAAGGCAAGAACAUAUAUCCGCAAGAAACUAGAACAGAUCAGGUCGGAUGCAGAAACUGGCUCGUUAACAAUAACUGUCCCAGACUCUGACUUCCAUGAUUUUGACAAAGACAGAUCAGAGGAUUGUUUCAAACCGAAGCAAAUAUGGGCUUUAUAUGACGAGGAAGAUGGCAUGCCUCGCUUGUAUUGUCUGAUCCGCGAAGUCAUCUCUAUGAAUCCAUUCAAGAUUCGCAUCAGCUACUUGAGUUCGAAAUCAGACAGUGAAUUUGGACUAGUAAAUUGGUUGGAUUCCGGUUUUACCAAGUCAUGUGGAAAUUUUAGGGCCUUUAACUCUGAAAUCGUUGAGCGGGUCAAUAUAUUUUCUCAUCUUCUAAGUAGGGAGAAGGCUGGUAGAGGAGGUUGUGUUAGAAUCUACCCGAAAAGUGGGGAUAUUUGGGCUGUAUAUCAAAAUUGGUCGCUAGAUUGGAACAGAGAAACCCCUGAGGAAGUGAGACACCGAUUUGAAAUGGUGGAGGUCCUUAAUGAUUAUUCCGAGGAGCUUGGUGUCUCUGUUACUCCAUUGGUUAAAUUAGAUGGAUUCAAGACGGUAUACAAAAGAAAAAUGGACAAGGAUGCCAUUCAAUGGAUUCCAAGAAGAGAGAUGUUACGAUUUUCACAUCAAGUUCCUUCUUGUUUACUGAAACGGGAAGGUAUGAAUUUGCCAGAGGGGUGCUGGGAUCUUGACCCUGCUGCAACUCCCGAAGAUCUACUUCAGGGAGUAAAUGAGGCGAGCACAUCCAGGCUAUGACGGGAGUAUAGGUAAAGUAAAUGCCAAGCAGUCGAAAAGUAGAGUUUGAGGUUCUUUUUUCAAUCAUUCUAACAGUAUUGAGAUUCAAAUUAUAUAGAUUUAAACACACAUCGAAGGAUGAUUCUCAAAAAAUUAGAUAACUAGCAGGAUGAGUAUCAAAGUGAUCGAUAGCAUUGUUUUAGGUGGCCGUAGGUUUAAUCAGUGACUUGUAGUGGUAAUUCAGAUUCAUCUCCUUUGCAGAAGUGCUUUUUAUUCUCUCAGGUAGGAUAAUAGGACAGGCUAAAGUGGCUUCUUUGAAAUAUCUUACUCUACAGAUUUAAGUUUCAGUUUACCUCCAUAGGGUCACUUUUCAUCAUUCCUGAUGUUUCAACCAUGAUCUAUCUAUCUAUCAAGGCACUCAACUUUGUCUUUGAGGUAUUAUGUACAUGUUUAGCUUUUCCCAUGAAAUGAAGUGUUAGU